AUGUUUUCAACUCAAAACUUUACACAAUUUCACAGUUAUACUGAUAAUCAUAAUAUUUUUCAUCUGACACAGAAUGUUCAGAACGUAUAUAUUUAUGUAAAUCCAGAUGAAAUCUACAAGCAAUCUACAUUUAAUCAAAAUAAUAAAGAUAUAUACGCUCAUAGUGUUAAACAAGAAUAUUGUUGCCAAAAAAUAGAAGAAUUUCAAGAAAUUAACGGCAAUCCCAGUGAAAGUGAAAGAUCCCAAAGUUGUAAAGAAGCUAACAUAUCAAAGAAAAAUAAAGCACCUCCAUGUAAAUGGAAAGAAGAAGCCACUAAAUAUUUACUAGACUACUUGAAAGCAAAUAAAGAAAAGGUUCUACGGCUGGAGAGUCGUGGUUCUAUAGCUGGUGAAGUUAGAUUGGAUCUCUGGAACGGUGCUUCCGCUAAGCUACACGAAAAUAACCACAUUUAUGCUGCCGAUCAGUGUGCGAUUAAGUGGAAAAAUAUUAAACAGAACUACAAUAAUAAUUCAAAAUUUCGAUAUAAGUCAGAGGUUAAAGAAAUUCUUAGUAAAAAUAGGUCAAAGUUAGCUCCAAAAAUUUCUAAUGAAAAACCUUGUCAUAAUAAACGAAAGAUGAGUUCUGAAUUAUCAGAAACAGAUGUAGACAUAAUAAAAAUUCUUAAAUAUGAGUAA